AUGGCGCAGGAUAGCGCCACCACGCCCAAGUCCACUGGACUGGAAGGUCAGUUGCGCAACAUGAUUCUCAGCAACGUGACCAGCAGUCAAACAGACUCGGCUCUGCAGCCCACACAGCAAGGUCAAGGUCGAGGCAGAGGCAGGGGCAGGGGCCGAGGAUCUGGGGGCCCUACUCGUGGCUUUGACCGAAACCACCAGAAUCGUGUCGAACAGGGCCACGGAUGGCGCGCAAAUCCCUCUUCAAACACAGGUCCGCCAAGGGGAGGAGGUGGAAGGACACACCAGCCAAGUAGCCAUUACCACCAAGCUCAAAAUAUCCCUCACAAUCGACAGAGCUCCAUUCAUUCACCGGUCAGCCCAGCUGGCAAUCAACAGCAUGGCCCACGGCAAACUCAUUACCAGCAGAAUCAGCAGGCUCAUUACUCCAAUAUCGGAGGACCUCCCCACGAGCCUCCUAUUAAGAUUCUCCAAAGGCCCCAGAACAGUCAUGUUGUACCAGGUCAAGGGCGUGCGCAAGGAUCAUAUGCGCCCCGACCAAAUAACAACUAUCCUCGGGAGAACCCCAUUGCACAGAUCGAGCACAUGGACAAUCUUGCUGCUCAGGAAAUUCCAAAAGCCGAGAUGUCUCUCUCUGAGCUCGAGGAGAAGGAGGCAUUUCGGAAACGCUUGGAGGACGUGAUGCAGCAGGCUAUCGCAGAACACUACAAGGGAGACAUCGCAACCAUCUCCCUAGUCGGCUUUGGUAGUCUUGCAUCAGGCUUUGCAAUGCCAGGCUCAGAUAUGGAUCUUGCAGUGGUGCCAGAAUGGAAAAGCUCUGUCCCAUCACACCGAACAGGAAUUGAUCGCGAGCUUCCCCGUCUUCUAGAACGUGCAGUGUUGGACGUAAAAAUGGGUGGUCGCCUACUUACCCGAACACGAGUUCCUAUUCUUAAAGUUUGCGAACUUCCAACAGAGGAACUAUACACUGCCUUAUGCGAAGAACGUCAAAAGUGGGACGAGCUAUCUGAGGAAGAGAAGUAUCCCGGUGACAGUCCGUCUGAGCCGCCUCCUCCAACCCCUAAAUCCCUAGCUGAGAAGGAAGGAGAGAAGGCUGUCGAAAUCACGCACCAUGCGGAUAGCCCUGGCUUUGGUGAAAAUUUCCCAGCGCUCAGCAACACCAUCAGCACCAAGGCAGAAAAUAAGAGGCGCGCCAAGAGCGAGCAAAUGAAGACGAAUCUGCCCGUACCAGAUGAGAAGCCCAACGACGAUGCUAAAACAGAGCCGAAUGGCCAGGAAAACAAGGACCACCAGCCUCGAACAGAGAAGCAAUGGACGCGCGAAAAGGUUCAAGGGCCCCUCGAUUUCCCAAAGACAGGCUGCGGCAUCCAAUGCGACAUCAACUUCGAAAACCCACUAGGGAUACAUAACUCACAGAUGCUGCGCUGCUACUCUCUCACUGACCCACGAGUCCGACCUAUUGUCCUAUUCGUCAAGUCCUGGGCAAAGCGCCGAAAGGUCAAUAGUUCCUACUCUGGCACUCUCUCCUCGUACGGCUGGGUGUUGAUGGUGUUACAUUACUUAGUCAACGUAGCCCAACCACCCGUAUGUCCAAACCUCCAACACUCCAUACCUCUGCCCACCGAAGUAGCGGCCCUCGAGACCUUUUUCAAAGAGACCACCAUUGACAACUACAAUGUCCGCUUUUGGCGCAAUGAGCAGGAAAUUAUCAAAGCGGCACAAGCAGGUCGGCUCUCAAACAAUAGGCAGAGUAUCGGUGCGCUUCUUCGCGGCUUUUUCCAAUACUACUCCUCCAUGUCCCCAGGUUACGGUGCCCAGCGUACUCCGCAAUUCUACUGGACCACCGAAGUCCUCUCCCUCCGCACGCCAGGCGGCCUCCAAACCAAACAGAGCAAAGGCUGGGUCAGUGCUACGACUAAAGUGACGGCGGAGAAAAAGGUCACCAAUCGGUACUUGUUUGCUAUCGAGGAUCCGUUCGAGAUUGACCAUAAUGUUGCGCGGACUGUCACGCAUCGUGGCAUCGUUGCCAUUCGAGACGAGUUUCGCCGUGCGUGGAGGAUCCUAAGGGCGAUUGGGCAAGGGCAGGAGCCGGAGGGUGGCAUCUUCGAUGAGGUUGUCGAGGAGAUCGCGACACCGCUGGCAGCACCGAAGACGGAGAAGGAAGCGGGCACUGAGACGACGGAGAGCGAGUAA